UUCCGCUCAGUCGCUGAGAGUAUUCCACUGCGAAUGGAUGUUCUGGCUAGAGUCUAGAAAUAUUGUCGCCGUACGUUCGCCGCUGUUUUUGCUGUGAUAUCAUACGAUUUUUGAUAAUUACACACAAGAGUAAGUGAGUCAGUGUACGGUAUAAAACCGAGGCAUUUGUUUGCGUUGAGUUGACUGACUCCCAGAGUUCUGAGUGAGUGCCGUGAAAGAGCGGUGAGAAGCCUUAUUGCCGAUAGUUCACAUGCGCGAAACGGUUUUUGCUCGGGAUAGCUUCAGUACGGAAUUGAGAGUGCGAAACCGAUUCGAGGGGGAGAACGCGUUUGCGGAGCAAAGCAUUAUUCUCCAAACGACCGUGAAUCGAUUAGGAUAGAAAAUUUGUUCGAUCCUGGACACCUUUCUUUCGAGGGACAGUAGAGAGUGUCGUAGUGAUUUGUGUUUUUAGGGCCGAAAGUGAAAAUUUGCUAGUGGACAACUGAAGUGUGACACAAUGCCCUCGGAACCAAAGGUUUUCAACCCGCACCCCGAUGUCGCCGACAAGGCGUACAUCAAUAGCAUGGAACAGUACCAGGAAUUUUAUCGGCAGUCCAUCGAAAAUCCGGGGCAGUUCUGGAGCAAUGUAGCGAAGCAGUUCCACUGGGAGACUCCUUAUGAUCCGAAGAACUUCUUCUCGUACAACUUCGAUAUCUCUAAGGGUCCGAUCUUCGUGAAGUGGAUGGAAGGCGCCUCGACCAAUAUCUGCUACAACUUGCUGGACCGAAAUGUUAAAAAUGGCCUGGGUGAUACUGUGGCCUAUUACUGGGAAGGAAAUCACCCGGAUGACUACAGCCGCCUCACGUACCGCAAGCUGCUCGAAGAGGUGUGCCGUUUUGCCAACGUCCUGAAGGCUCAUGGCGUCCAGAAGGGCGAUCGCGUGUCGAUCUACAUGCCCAUGACGAUGGAGCUGCCGGUUGCGAUGUUGGCCUGUGCUCGGAUCGGUGCCGUGCACUCGAUUGUGUUUGCAGGUUUCUCAUCGGAUUCGUUAGCUGAGCGGAUGCACGAUUGCCAAGCGAAGGUGCUAAUCACCGCCGAUGGAGCCUGGCGUGGGGAGAAAAUCCUUCAUCUGAAGGAUUUGUGCGAUCAGGCGCUGAUCAAGGCCGAUGAAAUGGGACACCAUGUUGAGACCUGUAUCGUUGUGGCGCACAUUAAUCGAGUAACUCCCGGUAAACCUGACUGGGAUGGAGUGUUCGAUACUCCAUGGACGGACGAUCGCGAUUAUUGGUGGCAUCAAGAAAUGGAAGAUGCUGAACCGGCCUGCUAUCCCGAGUGGAUGGCAGCGGAGGAUCCGCUGUUCAUGUUGUACACCAGUGGAUCAACGGGCAAACCGAAGGGCGUUCUGCACACUACAGCCGGAUAUCUGAUGUACGCGGCGACGACCUUCAAAAUUGUGUUCGACUACAAGCCCCAUGACGUGUACUGGUGCACUGCUGAUAUUGGUUGGAUCACCGGCCAUACCUACGUGCUGUAUGGACCGCUGGCAAACGGUGCCACGUCGGUGAUGUUCGAGGGUACUCCGUUCUUUCCGGAUAACGAUCGCUACUGGGAAGUGGUGGACAAGUACAAGGUUACGCAGUUCUACACGGCACCGACGGCGAUACGAUCGCUGAUGAAGUACGGCGACGAGCCUGUGAUGAAACAUGAUCUUUCUUCGUUGAGGGUUCUCGGAAGUGUCGGUGAACCGAUCAACCCCGAAGCGUGGAUGUGGUACUACAAAGUAGUAGGCAAGGAGAAGUGUGCUAUUGUGGAUACGUUCUGGCAGACGGAAACUGGGGGACAUGUGAUAACUCCGCUACCAGGAGCUACUCCAAUGAAGCCAGGAUCAGCUUCUUUCCCAUUCUUCGGAGUAAAACCAACCCUGCUGGACGAAAGUGGCAACGAAAUCAAGGGCGAAGGAGAAGGUUAUCUGGUUUUCUCGCAGCCAUGGCCCGGAAUGAUGCGAACACUGUUCAACAACCACCCACGAUAUGAGUCCACGUAUUUCUCCAAGUUCAAUGGCUUUUACUGCACUGGAGAUGGUGCUCGACGAGAUGCCGACGGAUACUACUGGAUCACAGGCCGCGUGGACGACAUGCUCAACGUUUCCGGCCAUCUGAUGUCUACCGCUGAAGUGGAAUCCGUACUAACCGAGCAUUCUCGCGUAUCGGAAGCUGCUGUUGUGUCACGACCUCACCCCGUUAAAGGCGAGUGCCUGUACUGUUUCAUCACCCCCAACCAGAACGAAGCCUUCGACAAGACGCUUAUCAACGAAUUGAAGAUAUUGGUUAGGGAACGCAUUGGCCCAUUUGCCCAGCCGGACGUAAUCCAGCAUGCUCCAGGACUCCCAAAGACGCGAUCCGGCAAGAUCAUGCGACGUGUACUGCGAAAAGUUGCGAUCAACGAUCGGGAGGUCGGAGACACUUCAACCCUUGCCGACGAAGCGAUCAUUGAGCAGCUCUUCGCCAACCGACCGGUAGCUUAAGACGGUUCCUUAAACUGGUGAUCUCAAACCUGGAGAGUUUAGCUUAGAGAAAAUGGGAAUCGGUAUCAUGCGGUAAUGAUACCACAAAAUCUGACACAUCUUUCGGACAUACUAACCAAUCUAUUCGGGCGGGCUUAGCAAUUGACUGUGAGAUCUUGCUCUAGAAUGGUGCUAACGACAGAAAAGUGCAUGUAAACCAAAAAAGAAACGACUAGAAGCACACAAAAUUUACAUAUUAUACACCACUGAUAUGGUCUAACACUGUUGAUAUGAUUAUACACUCUUUAGAUGAAGCAUAAAUGAUAUGGAAUUUUAAAUGCUAGGCGGGAGCGAAAAUGUGUUAUAAGAGGACAUCACAUUCCGAUUACAGAUAGCAAAGAGAAACAGUGAAUCUUUUACGAGAAACUCGUCGAUGUAGAUCUAUAUGUGCUUGGCAUACGCAUUCAUGUAUAUUUUAACUUUCUAGUUUUAAGUAUUAGACAAAGUUGUGAAAGUGUUUCGCUUGAAGCGAAACGUGUUCCAUUCGAAGAGACAAACAGAAAUUGAAUUGCAUUCUAGGAACGACUUUACAAAAAUUUAAAACCUUUAGCUUUUAAGUCACUCGACUUGUGCACAGAUAUUUUGUUAUUACUUACUAUACUUUUAUAAUUUUAGUAGUAUCAAAAUAAACACAUUCUGUUUUACAAAUAAAACAACACAAAACACUCGUAGUUCAAUCAUUUUAGUUUCUUCUCUUAGAUUGUAUUCCCAGUCCUCACCAUUGACACCGGAGCUUCACCAGACCCUCACUCAUACAUUUAUCUUUUGUCAUCAUACCGAAUCGGUUUCCUCCAAAUCUAGGCACAAACUCACUAGCCGCCUAGUGCCCCUAUCACAAAAAAUACCUUGGUAGGUCCCAGCGGAAACCACGCGAAGAGUAUAGCUUUAAAGCAAAUUUUAACCAAAAGUCGCAUCCACGGUCUGAGCGACUGCCCGUUCCUAAGAAAUGUUACUCACGAUACAUAUCAUAUUUUAAGCGACAGCAGUUCUAGGGAAUGUGCCUGCGAUUGUUUGUUCCAAGCUGCUUGAUUUUAACUGUGUUACCAAUCUACCCAAAUCGAACAUAUCAUUAUGCUUUAAGGAUAGGAAUAGUAGAGAAAUGUGAAUCGUUUAAAGGAACAAGAGAUUUAUUCGCAGUUGUUAUUGUUCGGUGAUAUUUAAACACGUAUGUAAAAUGGGUGAAAUUCAGCAUAUAAUGACAAGUAAGCCGUAAAAGGUUUAGCAGUAAUAUGUUACGGAAUAUGGCUAAAUAAAAAUCAGCAAAAGCGA